AUGUGGCAUACUGUAGCUAGAGUAAUAUUAUUGGGCAUCAUUUGCCUGAUUUCCGUAACAUCAGCUGUAAAUAACGAUUGGUAUAAGAACAGUUUGGUCUAUCAGAUCUAUCCUAGAAGUUUCAAGGACAGCAAUGGAGAUGGUAUAGGUGAUUUGAACGGUAUUACUAGUAAAUUGGAACAUAUAAAGGAUAUCGGUGCUGAUGCACUAUGGUUGUCACCAAUUUUUACGAGCCCUCAAGCUGAUUUUGGUUAUGACAUAUCAAAUUUCACGGACGUCAAUCCGGAAUAUGGUACAUUGGCAGAUUUUGACAAACUCGUGGCAAAAGCUAAAUCACUUGGUCUCAAGGUAUUAUUAGAUUACGUGCCAAAUCAUAGCUCGCACGAACACGAAUGGUUUAAGAAAAGUAUUAAGAGGAUUAAACCAUACGACGAUUAUUAUAUUUGGAAAAAUGCGACAUAUGUUAAUGGUCAAAGAAGACCACCGAACAAUUGGCUAUCCGUAUUCGGUGGAUCCGCAUGGGAAUGGAAUCAAGAACGUGGCCAAUAUUAUUUCCAUCAAUUUGUUGCCGGUCAACCUGAUCUCAACUACCGUAACAUGGCAUUGGAUCAAGAAAUGAAGAAUGUUUACACUUUCUGGAUGAACCGUGGGGUUGAAGGAUUCCGUAUUGAUGCUAUUAACCAUAUGUUUGAAGAUCCAAGAUUCUUGGACGAACCAUCGGCAAACCGUCCCGACUUACCAUCAGACGAUUACGAUACACUUAAUCACAUUUACACGAAGAAUCAGAACGAGACUUAUACUGUACUUGCAAGUUGGAGAAAUUUACUCGACAAACAUUCCGCUGAUAAAAAAACCGAUUAUAAGAUGAUACUCACGGAAGCUUAUACAGAUUUUGAUCUUACGGUUAAAUAUUACAAUGCAGGUUCUACGGUACCAUUCAACUUUAUGUUCAUAGCAGAUCUCAAUAAUCAAUCUACCGCUUCCGAUUUCAAACUUUCGAUAGAUCGAUGGAUGAAUCAUAUUCCAUCUAAAGAUACGGUAGCUAAUUGGGUUGUAGGUAAUCACGACAAUCAUCGUGUUGCUAGUAGAUUUGGAAUGAAACUUGCCGAUAGAUUGAACAUGUUGUCCAUGGUUUUACCUGGCGUAGCUGUUGUUUAUAAUGGCGAUGAAAUAGGUAUGUUGGACAGACCAUUUACUUAUGAAGAAACGGUAGAUCCAGCUGGUUGUCAAGCAGGUCCAAGUAGAUAUCACCUUAAAUCGAGAGACCCAGAAAGGACACCAUUCCAAUGGGAUGACACUACGAGUGCUGGUUUCUCAACUAAUAACAAAACAUGGCUUCCUGUUCAUAAAAAUUACAAGACGUUAAAUUUGGCAGCACAAAAGAAAAGUCCUGUCUCUCAUUAUAAGGUAUUUAAGGCCAUGAGCGCCCUUAAGAAGAAACCUAUUAUCAAGGACGGUUCUUUAGAAGUUAUCCUUGUUACCGAGAAAGUUUUAGGUGUUGUACGUAGGAACCAAGGUUCAAUCGUGGUUCUGUUGCUCAAUUUCUCAGACUACCCUGUUGAAGUCGAUGCCAGAACGUGGUUGAACAUUCCCGAACAACUUGUAGUCUAUAUUGCCAGUGUCGGAUCUAAGAUCAACACUGGUACUAGAGUCAAUACUGCUUCUUAUAUUUUGCCUGGAGCAGCUUCUGUUGUUCUUGCAUCCCCAAAUGUCUUUUAUUAUUAG